AUGUCGCUACCCCUCAACCUCCCUAUCAUCAACCCGGACCUCGUCCCGGCGAUGGCGCACAUCAAGGGCCCGCCGAUGAUGGGGUUCAUUGUGACCACCGUACUCUUCGGAUGCUCCCUCCUCGCCAUGGUGAACUACCUACAGUUCAGCUGGGGUACUGAUCGCAAGGGUACGAGGUCGCUGGUGCUGGUCACCGCCUUCCUCGCAUGCAUUUCGAUGGUUGUGGUAGCUUCGACUUUGCGCCAAUUUGUAUUCAGAUAUGGCCAGGGCUUCAGUCCAGAUGAUGCGAUGUGGGAGAGCUUGAACUACUUGGUCAAUGCCCUCACGCAUUGCGUUGUCGGUGGUUUCUUCGCUCGACGAGCGUGGAAGAUGUACGGCCGGCCCAUAUACCUCGCUAUUGGCUUGUCCUCUAUCCUUCUGAUCAGCUUUGUAGCUGCGAUUGGAGCCAUGGCUGCGCGGAUGGCUCGGAUUCUUACCUUGAGCGAUCUCGCUCGCUUCAGUGCCUUCAACUAUACCCUGUCCAUCAGUCAAGCUUUGGGCGACACCACCAUCACGGCCCUGAUUGUGUACAAGCUGCUCAAGCUCCGUACCGGAUGGAAGCAGACCGACUCUACCAUUCACAAGCUCGUCGUGAUCGGUAUCGAGACACAAGCUCCCCCUGCUAUCAUGGCUAUUGCCUUCAUGGCGACCUACAUUGCCGCCCGACCUGAAUACAUCACCUUCUUUGUCUGCACCCCCAUGGUAUACGUCCUCUGUCUCAUCACCUCGCUCAACUCUCGAUACACCAUGUCCGCACGUCAGACCGACAAGCCUUCCACCUGGAAGGAUGAUGGAGCACUCUCUCGGCGCACUCAGACAGCUACCAAGAUUGAAGUCACGACCGAUGUGUACCGUCAUGAGGACACCCUCGAGAUCAACGACAUGGAGCGUAAGCGCACCCCUGUCCGCGGUGGCGGCAAGGCCUCCGAAUCGGACGAAUCGCUCGACAGGGACGACAUCAAGGAGCUGAACACGUCUCAGAUCCACCUGGUCUAG